UCUCGAGUGGGUAUUUUGGAUAUCAGGCCCAGGCCUAAUAGCUUCUGCAAAAUGCCUCCGGUGUAAAGGGGCCAACCAUUAUGGGGAACUGGGACCCCGCCGCAACGGGGUGGACAGACCGACCUCUGUUGAGAGUUCGUCAGGGCGGUUAACGUGGGGACAAAGCACGCUGGACCGAUAAUCUUUACAUACAAGAUAGCCAGCAACAGACAGCAAGAGGCUUGUCGUCAACUCAGCUGCAGAGGAGGCGGCACUGUUUGCAGGAUUAAAGGAAGAGCUUGGUGUAUAAGGUCUUCGGAGUGUGAGGGACAUUUUAGUCAGACAAGUUAGCUAUUGCCGUGAUUUUGAAUACCAAGGAACCGUAUCUAUGGAGAUGUUAUCUACACGGAGAGGUUACUGUCAUCCUGACACAGUGACAGAGCGGGUUCAGACGGAAUAAAUCAAUUGGCUAAUCUCUUGUCUUUUUGUCCGCCGGGCGGCGAUGUCAGCUUUCUGCCUCGACCUGCACACAUCUACCGCCGCGAUUUCAGCACCACCCGAACUGGACAGCGACUGCAUGGCGCACCCACUGGAUCAGGACAACAAAACCCCACAAGAAACGGGAGGAUUUCAGGGCCACUCGCUGCUACACACCUACUCUGGAGGCCUCGGGAUGGCGUUGGAAGAGGAAUUAGCCAUGCUUACCGGGGAGCAGGACGAGGAGGAGGAGGAAGAGUUAUCCGAAUUGGAGACGCCUGUUAUUGGACAUAAUACAGACUUUUUGUCGCUCUUCCGUCAAAAGGAGAAGGACUUGGUUUUAGCUGCUAAACUCGGCAAGGCACUGCUAGAGCGAAACCAAGACCUGACUAAGCAAUAUGAGAAAAUGAACACAGAUCUUAACGAUAAACUCGAGCACCUGGAGCAGGAGAAGCACGAGCUGCGGCGGCGGCUGGAGAACAAGGAGGGGGAGUGGGGGGACCGUGUGGCGGAGCUGGAGACAGACGUCCAGCAGCUGCAGGGAGAGCUGGAGCGCCAUCAGGUCCAGCUGAGAGAGGCAGACCGCGACAAGUCCACGGCCAUCAGGGAGCUGUCAGAACAAAACCACCGCCUGCUGGAGCAACUUAACCGGGCUACAGAGGUGGAGAGGCAGCUGUCCUCUCAGGUCCACUCGUUACGGGAUGACUUCAGAGAGAAGAGCGUCUCCACCAACCAGCACAUGACACGACUAGAGAGCCUACAGGCUGAGCAAGGGCUAGAAAUUAAGAUGCUGUCGGAGCGUAAGAGAGAGAUGGAGCGUCAGGUUAACGCUGUACUAGAGGAAAACGAGCUACUGCAGAACACUGUUGACGACCUGAGGGAAGGGACGCUAGUGCUGGAGAAACAGUACCACGAGAAGGAAUUACAGUUACGGCAGAGCCAGCUGGAGCUCCAGGAGGUCCGGGUGUCCCACAGACAUCUGAGUGCCCGCUUUGAGGAGCUCACAGAAGAGAGAAGUCUACAAGGCCUCAGCCCACACCCUGCCAGUCUACUCUGUGAGAUAGAACAGAGCAUGGAGCAAGAGGAGCAGGAACAGGAGAGGGAGCAGCUGCGUCUCCAGCUGUGGGAGGCCUACUGCCAGGUGCGCUCUCUCGUCUCCCACCUGCGAGGCAACGACAUCACAGACUCGGCCCUGUCCACAGACUCCUCCAUGGACGAGUCCUCUGAGACAUCCUCAGCCAAGGACGUUCCCAUGGGGAGCCUGCAUGCCAGUCUACUGGAGCUACGCAGACUCACACAGAACCUGCUAGACGGCAAUGAGUCUACGGGUUCUCGGCGGAGUGACGAGGAGGCUCUAGAGGACCACGUUCGAAAGCUUGGGGAAGAGCUGAGAGGAGUGAGAGAGCUGUACGAAGCAGAGCAGGAUAGAACACGGAACAGCCAAGAAGAGGUUCUACAACUCCAUAAUCAGAUGGCGAUGCUUUCUAUGGAGAUGUGCUCUUUACAGGAGGAGAGUGAGCGUAUGAGGGCCAUGUCUGAAGCACGAGACCCCAGUGAACAGCUCCAAAGUGCUAUACGAGAACGAGACGACGCUAUUUCCAAGAAGAAAGCGGUGGAGAUGGAGCUGGCCAAGUGUAAGAUAGAUAUCAUGUCCCUGAACAGCCAGCUCCUGGACGCCAUCCAGCAGAAGCUGAACCUAUCACAGCAGCUGGAGGCCUGGCAGGAUGAUAUGCACAGUAUGAUUGAUCAGCAGCUCAUGGAAAAGCACCAGGAGGAGUGGAGGGUGACCCCCUACUCCCUCGCUGGGUCCUCCGGGGGCCCCUCCGGCCAGUCCUCCAGACGAGCCCAUCGCCUCUCUGAUGGAGACAAGAGGCUCUUUUCCUUCUUCAAAAAGAAAUGAGCGCCUCUGGACUGGCCCGAAUAAGAGAGAGAGAGAAAGAAGAAUAAAAAGAGAGUGCAGAGGGAGAGAAAAUAAUGGUAAAGACAAAGACUGAGGGGCAGUGAUACACACUAUCAGACAGGGGGGGCUAAAGAGGUUCAGGGGUCAUUUUGCACUUUAUCUGUCCCAUCAUGCCCUUCCUUAAAGAUGUUGAAACAUAGAGUAAAGCCACUUAAAGAAGGAGUGAGCAGCACUGUUAGGGCUCACAGACACCAGUAGGGCUUGCUGGCCGAGAGCACUUAGCACCUCUGAACGUAAUGGAGAACCGAGUGCACCGAUUUUACAUGUAGAAUCAGCGUGAAAAAUGUCAGCAGUCAGCGGGUAGUCUCUAAAACACUGAACGAUUGACAGACGAACGCAAAAUCCACAUUUGGUGUGAUGUGUACGGCGUUUACACAUCCAGAGGCCUUGGCUACCAUCCCAUAAACACCAAUUGGGCUUACAUGAACAGGGUUACAUAUAUUUCAAAGAGGACGGUUCCCCAGUAGUGCCUCCCAGCGUCUCUACCCCACUGCCAAAACUCCAGACUGGGAGUGUAUCCAGUAGGGAUGGCUCCUGUGUCCUGCCCUGUCACAUGCCAAGGAGUCUGGGGAGAGGGUGUUCAAUACGGGACUCACCAAGGCCUUGGGGUGGAGGGAUUGGGACAGUGGGACAGGGAUCUGGGUAAGGGAACAUUAAUUGAGGGACAAGAACCAACCUCUGGGUGGGAAGCAGCAUUGUUACAGCUAACUCCGACAUGUUCUCAGGUUUAUUCAUAUAUUCAGGGAUUUACAAAGAGGCCUUAUUCCCAAUUAAUCCGAUGGAUGGAUUUCAUUCAGUUGGUUUGCACUUCGCAAUUAUGGUCGUGCCAUAGCAUUGCUUAAUAGAGUUAACACAACACACCAAAUGUCCAUGCUUGAAUAUCACUUAAGUAUAAAUGUAUAGAUCAAGCCACAGUAAAUCCAUAAACAUAGCACUUUAUGUACAGUGAGGGAAAAAAGUAUUUGAUCCCCUGCUGAUUUUGUAUG